AAAUCGGCUAGGUCUCGUGGUGCGCACUUCCUGUCGGCGUUGGUGUCGGUGUUCAACGCGUCAAACGCUCACGUAAACAAUACAAUGACCCUUCUAGAGUUUCGUUAAACUUCGAAGGAGAAAUAUCUACGUGUUAUUUCGUCUAUCCACUGCGUCGCGUUGCUUUUGCAAACGUUCUGCCAACGUUCUAGAGCGUGCAAGAGUCAGCCUACUGACGUAGUCACUUUGUGCAUACAUGCUACCACCCUCCGAUGGCACAACGGCCGUGAGUGUUCCGCUGCAGAAACAAAACACCAGUGGUUAUCAAAGACGAAUCAAUGAUAAAAAACGAGGGAAAAAAAUUACUUCACCCCGAGCUGUAUAUCUUCCUUUAAUAGCUACGUCACUGUAUCGGGGUGCUGCUAAGCAUCGCUCGCUUUCGAAAGUAUGCGGCGCGUUGCCGGCGCACUAACACGGCGCUGCCUGGAUAACGGUAGGAAACACACGCUCGUUUUUCCUUUGUAGUUCCCCGCUUCGUCCGCCAGUUCGAACAGGAGGUUGUUUUUCGCAUUUUGAAACUGGAAUCUCGGAGACUAUCCGUGUUGUGUUUAUCUCCCGGUUUAGCUUAGUCCGAGCGAGGAACAACGGAGCGAUGGCGGGAUCAGCGUCGACUUUGUGGAUGGGAGACUUGGAGCCUACCAUGGACGAGUAUUUCGUCCAACAAGCGUUCACAAUGAUGGGCGAAAAUCCGGUCCAUGUCAAAAUCAUUCGCAAUCGAAUCACGGGGAUGCCCCGCGGCUACGGUUUCCUGGACUUCGGGGACGAGGAGGCUGCCCAGCGCGCCCUGCUGCGCUGCAAUGGCCGGCCCAUCCCAAACGCCACACAGCCGAAGACGUUCAGGCUCAAUCACGCCAACAACGGCACUGGAACCGGUGGCGGCGGCGGUGGAGGUGGUGGCGGCAGCUACGGCAACUACUCUUCCGGCGGCCGCCAACAAUACGGCUCAUCAUCGGAAUUCUCCAUGUUCGUGGGGGACCUCUCGUCGGAAGUGGACGACGUGCAUCUAUACCACGCCUUCUCUCAACGUUACCCCUCGGUGAAGGCGGCCAAAGUGGUGCUGGACCAGAGCGGGCUGAGCAAGGGCUUCGGCUUCGUGCGCUUCUCGGACGAGUCUGAGUACCAGGAGGCCCUGGUGGACAUGCAGCACUCGCUGCUGGUUGGCUCCAAGCCCAUUCGCGUCGGGGUGGCCAACCCCCGCAGAGUUGCGGACGGACGUGUGGGUGGCGACGGGCAGCGCGUGUUCUACCGCAACCCCUCUGCCGACUACUACUAGCAUCAUCGAGAUCUGCUGCCUGGCAACGCGGAAGAAAGUCGUCGUUCAGCCCUCGGAGGAAUUUUAUUUUAUCCAACACACACACACUACCCUCUCGUUUGAUUUCUCUUCUUUUUUUUCGAGUUUUAGUAUUUGUCAACAACGGAAGGAGGGACCCCCUGCUGCGAGGGGGGCAAAAGCCUCUCUAGCCCCUUCUUUUUAAUUGUACAUAGGUCACUCGGUCUAAGCUCUACUACAAUCGUCGCAUAGGCAGACUUUCUCCAUUGUGUUCUCUGGCGCACGUCGGGGGGGAUUCUCGGAGAGCUUUUGUUGUUUUCCAGUGUCACAGCGGUAUUCUUGCAAGAAUGUUUGUGUUCUUCUUGUCUGAGUUUUGUCAGCCGUUGGAUGUAUCGAUAGGAAACUCUUAAUGCCACUAGGAAUCGUCUUGUACAGUGGGUUUUUUGAUGGCUGUCUUAUUCCGUGCACUCGCGUCGUCUGGCUCAUGUCUCAAGCAGAAAGGUGCUUUGUCGAAAUCGCCAUUUGUUAGGAAGAACUUUUUCGUAACAACUCAAUAAACUUGGAAUUUCUACGUCA